AUGAAGCGGUUGCGGUUGGAAUCCGAGAAGGAAGGGUUCCCGAUUACCGCUAUCCGCGAGAUCAGGCUUCUUCAGUCGUUCCACCACCCUAACGUGGUGGGCUUACUUGAGAUGAUGGUGGAGGGCAGCCGCGUGUACAUGAACUUCGACUACAUGGACCAUGAUCUUUCGGGAGUGCUCAACCACCCGAAUUUGAGCAUCUCCGAUGCCCAUCGCAAGUUCUUGUUUAAGCAGUUGAUGGAGGGGUUGGCAUACUUGCAUUCGAAGCGCGUCAUUCACCGUGACAUUAAGGCCUCCAACAUCCUACUUGACAGCAUCGGACGGUUGAAGAUUGCGGACUUCGGACUAGCUAGAACCAUGAAGUUUGUCAAGCCCGGUGAAUCGCCUGAUUACACCAACCGCGUCAUCACCUUGUGGUACAGACCGCCCGAGUUGUUGCUCGGCUCCACCGACUAUGGUAGAGAGGUGGAUAUCUGGGGAGUGGGCUGUUUGCUUGUGGAGUUGUUCAACAAGAAGGCCAUCUUCCCCGGUGAGGACGAGAUUAGCCAGGUCCACCGCAUCUUUGACGUCAUGGGCUCGCCGACAGACUCUCUGUGGCCCCAGGUCGACAGCUUGCCGUGGUAUGAGUUGGUGAAGCCCCUGCGGAUGAGACCCAACGCAUUCAAACACCGCUACGGAUUCCUCUUGUCGGACAAUUGUUUUGACUUGGCGCAGAAGCUUUUGACGGUCAAUCCGGAACAGAGAAUAACGGCCGAGGAGGCUUUGAAGCACAGCUACUUUACCGAGGACCCCGUACCGGAACCGCUCCAUUUCUUGAAGGAUGUGGUCGGGGAAUGGCACGAGUUUGAGACGAAGAAAAGGAGAAAGAAGGAACGGGAAGAUAAGCAGCGUAAAGAUAGCGAAGGCCGCUCAGAGGCCAAAUCGCUGGUGGAGAGAAGUGUUCAGGAAAAGUAA